AUCUCCCCGACUACGCGGUUCCUCUGGUUUCGCGGGAUCCGCUUUCUGGUGAUCUGACUUCGAAUUCGAGUGCCGGAAAGGACUCACAUCAUACAGAACCACCACCCGGGAUACCUACUAGUACCGCGUUGCCCCAUGUCGAGUCUGUGCUUAAUCGGUCUGGUGUCGAAUCUUUAUCCGCAAGUAACCAAACCACUGCGUCAUUGGCUCGUCGAUUGCUCCCAACCGUAGCCUAUCGUCCGUUGGGCGAGGAUGUUGAAAUCGGCGUUACAACCACCUCUCCACAAGUAUCCCAAUCUCAGGUUCCAGUUUCCAUGCCACCUGAUUCACUUCAUCCUGCGAUGGCUCUUUCAUCAGGUGUUCAUGGUACACACCUGACCGAACCAACGCAUGCUGGAGUGAGCCCGAGCACAUUCUCGCAAGACCUGUCCGAUGGAAUACCAACGCAGCGCACACCGUCCACAGGCGGUUUGCGUAUGCCACCGGAGACACGUGUCCCUGCUGGCGCAUUUGAACAGUUCACCUAUCCUUGGAUUUGCAGUGAGCGCCUGCCACUGUCUAUUUUUCUCACAGCCAAAGUCCAUCAGAUGGCUGUCACUGCCGUCCUAAGCGAAUUGAAUUUGAGCGCUGGUGUACGAAAUGUGCACGGUUCUUUUGUCCACUGCACCCAAGUUCGAGGACGUGGUGAGUAG